GCCAGCAAUUUCCAUGUGCCAGCAUGUGGUGUGUCUUUCUCUGAUUGGCCCACCAUUAACCCUUUCUUUCACCAAAUAAAUGGGCUUUUAUUCACUUUCUCCCAUCUUCACAUUUCUUUGGUUUCUGCUACUUUAAUUUAAUUUGUUCCAUCCCACCAAUUUUUUUUUUAUUUUUUUUUUCUGUCUGAAUAUAAAUUUACACCUGGAAUUCUUCGAUGAAAUCAAGAAUGCCGGAGAAUAGAUCGGAGUCGAUGAAACAAGAAUUCCUCAAGAAAUGGAUAAAGGGUCUCCAAAUAUACAGCAAAAACAGCAAUAAAAUGACGAUUCUCGAUAGAAAAAACGCGAUAAAACAGUCUGCUGACGUGGCCAUAGCUUCAACAAGAAAUGCCGAAACUCAGUGGAGCCGGGCCGUGAUGGCCCGCAUUGCGUCGAAGAACGAAACCGUUGUCGAAAAAAUACUAGGCCGAAAAGUACUACUAGUCGAUAAAAACAAAUCCCGGUCGAUAAUCACAUGCAGCAAGAAGAUUGUGAGAAGAAGCAUUGUUAACGCUCAUCGGAAAAAGGCGAGAGUUGUGCGUUCGAUUAGUAGUGUUGUUGAAGAUGGUUCGAUUAUUGCGAAAAAGAUGGUGAAGAAGAGGACACGUGUGCUUAAAAGACUUGUACCGGGUGGAGAACAAAUGGAUGAGGUUUCUUUGAUUAAAGAAACCCUAGAUUACAUUGCUUCUCUUCAAGUUCAGGUUGAUGUUAUGAGAAAUAUUGCUGCUGCUGCCGAGAUUUUGGGCCGUACAGAAAGGUUGUCGUUUUGAAUAAUAUAUAUCAUUUUCUUUAUCUAUUAUAUAUUUUUUUUAUUUCGGGUUUAUUUUUCCUUUUUCGAUUUUAGAUUACGGAGAAUUAAAGGAGGUAGAUUUAUGCUGUUAUAGUAGCAUGUUGUAACUCUAUAAUAUGUACCGAUGAAGAGUACUACUUACUCAU